AUGUUGAUGAAGAACGCGGUAGCGGCCCUGAUGGGUUUGGCCAUGGUUGCCGAGGCGGCAUCAGUUCACCAGUACGGAACCCCGACAAGGACUGUAGGAAGACGGCAGUUUGGCAAGAAGAACAACUUCGGAAACCGCUUCGGUAAUGGUCAGUUUGGUGGUGGCCACAACAACAACAACAAUGGCCAGAACAACAAUGGCCAGAACAACAAUGGUCAGAAUAACAACAACAACAACAAUAACAACAACAACAACAACAACAACAACAACAACAACAACAACAACAACAACGGGGGGAACAACAACCAGGCGUCGGAGACUUGUCUGGCUGCGGCUGCUCUCCAGACUGGUUCUCAGUCUACCGGCCAGAAUGGUGCCCAGGCUGCAGAUGGUCAGGUCAACUCUGCUACUGACAAUGCCAACUUCAUCAACUUCUGCGAGGGCAAAACAUUGACCAACGGUCUGCAAAACCGGGAUGGCUCCUGCAACGGUAUCCCAAUGGGUGAAAUUCCCUCCGCCAACCGCAUGGUCUCGACUGUCAUUCUCAACCCCAAGAACGGCGAUGAUCUCGAGCCGCUCACGACCUUCCAGAUUCAGGUCAAUGUCGCCAACAUGCAGCUCGGCGCCUUCACCAACGCCACCAGCACCUACUACUCGGCUCCCCAGACCCUCAACGGAGGCGGCCAGAUCAUUGGUCACACUCACGUCACUGUUCAGGACACUGGCAACACCUUGAACCCCACCCAGCCCCUGGAUGCCACUGUCUUUGCCUUCUUCAAGGGUAUCAACGAUGCUGGUAACGGCAACGGUCAGCUCGCCGCUGAAGUCACUGGUGGUCUUCCUACUGGCUGCUACCGUGUCUGCACCAUGUCCAGUGCUUCCAACCAUCAGCCUGUUCUGAUGCCCGUUGCCCAGCGUGGUUCCCAAGAGGACUGCCGCUACUUCUCUGUUGGUGGUGCUUGCGCCAACAACAACAACGGCGGUGGCAACAACAACAACAACAACAACGGUGGCAAUAACAACAACAACAACAACAAUGGCGGCAACCAGGGCCAGAACAACCAGGGCCAGAACAACCAGGGCCAGAACAACCAGGGCCAGAACCAGGGCAACCAGGGGCAGGGUAAUCAGGGGCAGCAGAACAACCAGGGCAACCAAGGUAAUAACCAAGGCCAGAACAACCAGGGAAACCAAAAUAAUAACCAAGGCAACCAGGGCGCCGGAAAUCAGGCGGGCGGAGGUUCGGGGGCCGGAAACAACGGCAACGGCAAUAAUGGCGGCAACAAUAACAACAACGGAGGCGGUAACGCCGGUGCUGCCAUUGCCGGCAUCCAGCCCCCUCCCGUGACCGACUCUGGCAACGCGGACCGCCCGUUCGCAGUCAACGGUAACACCUUCGUGACCAGGCAGGAGGCUCAGUUCCGCGCCUGCGCCAUCCAGAACAACGCCUGCGCCGGCGCCGUCAACUCUGGCCAGGCUCCUGGUCGCACCGUCCCUGACUGCAAUGCGCAAGAAGCGGCUUGCCGAGCGGCUGCUUAA